AUGAGGAACUGUGUGCUUCACAACACUGGGAGGAUGUGUCUGAACCUGGCCAGGCUACAGAAGACAUUCGCUGUGGCUGAUGCCUCAUCAUCUUAGAUAUUUCUGAUGAUCUCAGGACUUCCACUUAGGACCUAAGAUGACGAAGCUCAAAGAUUUUCUUAUUCUGUUAUGCUGUAUUCAGACAUUUGUAGCAGGCCUGAGCGGCCCUCUCACGAGCAAGACUUUUGAUGUUCCAGAAAGCGGCGGUCCAUUAACAAUAUAUGAGUUUACGAAAAGCGACUCAAGGUCUGUAAGAUUUGAACAGGAAGGUGUGAAGGAUGACCUCAUUAACAUUGAACCUGAUGGAAUUCUAAAGACAAGAGAUUCUCUGAACUGGGAGAAGAAAAAACUUUACACAUUAUGGGUGAAAACUACUGGCCAUGACGGAUCGUUGGUUGAAGGUCCAUAUAAUAUUACUAUAAUAGUACAGGACAUCAAUGAUCAUGCACCACAAUUCAGCCAGGAAGAAUAUAAUGGUGAAGUCAGAGAACAAUCUAGGCCAGGCAUGCCAUUUAUCCAAGUUUUUGCAACUGAUAAGGAUGACCCAGCAACACCCAACGCCCAACUUGUCUACAGUAUCAAGCAACAGCUCCCAGACCCAAUCAAUGUCAGGUUUUUCCAGAUCAACAACCAGACAGGAGAAAUUUCUACCACCAUAAAUGGAACUAUGCAUAUGAUGUUUGGGGAUGGGCCUUAUAAACUUGUCUUGGAGGUAUCUGACCUUGCAGAGAGACCCUUCAGCAACUUUGCAAAGGUGUCUAUUUCUAUAAAAGAAAAUCUCUGGAAACCACCAAAACCAGUUACGAUUGUGGAAAACUCUACAAGAUCUCAUCCAUACAACAUCACCAAGGUCACAUGGAACGAUAACAGUGUGAUUUAUGAACUGCAUCAAAGAGAAAAAUAUCCGAGGUUUCCAUUUGCUAUUGACCAAAACGGAAAUAUUAAUGUGACAGAACCACUGGACAGAGAGGAACAGGACCAGUAUAUCUUCUAUGCAUUAGCAAAAAAUUUUAAUGGUGUUCCUGUGGCGAGGCCCCUGACAAUUGAAGUCAAUGUUGAGGACAUCAAUGAUAACCCUCCAGUGUGUCCAGCAGCAGAGACCAUUUUUGAAAUCCAAAACAAUGAAGCUAUUGGAAGCGUUAUAGGUAUACUUAAAGCCACUGAUAUGGACCAGCAUGAUUUAUCAAAUUCAGUGCUAAGAUAUUCACUUCGUGAUCAAUGGCCUGAAACAUCCACUGGAAUCCUUUUUAAUAUCGGCUUGUAUGAUGGUAGUAUUCAGCUGAUCAAUGCCGGCCUAAAUACCUUCAGAAAGUACAAUCUGAAUGUGCAGGUGUCAGAUGAAGGGAAGCCUUCUUAUAGUACAGUGUGUUCUGUGGUGGUAAAUGUCAUUGAUAUGAAUGACCACAUUCCAAUUUUUGAGAGUUUUGAUUAUGGGAAUGUAACCUUGCGGGAAGAUGCUCCUUUGAGAACACUGGUGAAAGAAAUAGAGGCCACAGACAAUGACGACCCUCGUACAGGGAGCUCUUUUAUUCUUUACAAUAUAGUCGAAGGAGAUCCAGAUAAAAGGUUCAUAAUUGAAACCAAUCUGGAAAAUAAUCGUGGAUACGUCAGAGUGGCCGCUCCACUGGACUAUGAAACCUACAAGGAGCAUAAACUAAAGAUAGAAGCGAGAAAUCCCGAGCCCCUGGUUACAGGAAUCAGUUAUAAUGACAGUUCCACCACAUAUUUAAAGAUUAUAGUCACUGAUGUGGAUGAGAGGCCAAUCUUUGGGAAUACGAUAUACCAUGCACAGGUCCGUGAAGAUGUUCCUAUUGGAACCAAGUUGAUAAAAAUAAAUGCCUCAGAUCCAGAAGGUGAUACAAUACAGUUUUCAUUGAGAGGAGAUGUGUUUAAUUGGCUCAAAAUUAAUGAAGACACUGGAGAUAUCUUCAGCAAAGCCAAUCUGGACCGUGAACGGAAAACAUUUUACGAAGUGGAAGUAAUUGCUGCAGAGUCAAAAAAUCCUACAAUGAGUUCAUCUGUGUAUUUCCAAUUGUUUCUGGAUGAUGUCAAUGACAACUAUCCCCGGUUAGCCAAGGACUAUUAUGACGAUAUCGUCUUCUGUUAUCCAUUGACAAAAACGGAGUCCUUUGAAUUCAGUGGUAUAGACGAUGAUCAGCCUAAAAUGCCACUGAGAUUUCGUCUUGGUGGUAAUGCAACAACAGCAAAGGAUUGGACCAUUCUGUAUGUGAAUGCUUCUUCUGCUCGUCUGACUAUGCAGCAUUACAAUUUUCCAAAGGAAACUAUCUAUGUUCCAGUCAUUAUUAGAGAUGCUGGACGUCCACCAUUGGAAUCAAGUGUUUCUGUACCAGUUCGGAUAUGCACUUGUAACUCUAAGGGCAAGUGUGAGAACGAGGCAGUAAACCACGUUGGGUUUACAUCUAUUGGAAUGGCUCUUGGAAUUUUAUUUGGAACUCUGGCAGUAAUAGGUAUAAUAAUUGCGGCUGUUUUCAUAUCAAUCAACAAGAAGAAGAAGAAGACAAGUGGUGGCGACGCGAUCAAUGCUGCAGAGACUGUAAACCUGAGGACCUGAGAAGAUGUUAGAAUUUUUUGAAGAUUCCAAAGUUCCAUCCUCAAUUCCCAAAACCUAAACUGUGCGCUACAAGACAGCUUGUUACUGUGGAUGUUUUUACUUAUUAGAGAUUAAACUGUUUCAAUAAAAGGGAAAAUUGUUUUGGAGGAAAA